AUGUCAGCGAGGGGCAGCACGAGCAGCAGGAGGCAAGGGAGGGGAGAGAUGGGGGGCACGGACGAGCGGGGCGCGCGGGCGAUCUGCCGCGCGGGGGGUGCCCCUCCAGGCGCUGGAGGCGCGCGCGCGCGCGGCACCGCCGAUUUUCUGCGGCCCGGCAGAGCCGGCCGGAAGGGAAGCGUAUAUUGCUGGGCUGGAAAGGGAGUUCGGGGGGCGCCCCGAGGCACGGCCUCGGGCCUGGCGAAGGGCAUCCCCCCGCUCGGCGUCGCCAACGCCGCCGUCCUCCUCCCCCUCCAAACCUCAGGAAGCCCGCGGAACAGCUCCAGAAAGCCUCCGGCAAAAAGCGCACGCACGCUGCCGAGCACAUAUCAGAAAGUCUCCCCCCAUCAGCUUUGA